GCCGUCAUGACGCGCACCUGUUGUUCGCGUGAUUAUUUAUUAGUCGCAGCGCCGUCCUCGCUGUCCUCGCUGUCGUCCUCGCUGUCUGCGCCGUCGUCCUCGCUGCCCUCGCCACCGCGCUCAUGGUGCGCAACCUCAUCCUCCGCUUCCCCCUCUUCCGCGCACUCGCCCCCCGCCUCGCCAGACCUAUUCUGCCCCUCACACGCCUCGCACCAAGCCCGCUAGCCCUCACCGGUGCGCCCGCCACCUCCUCCCGUCUCUUUCACCACAUCCCUGCACGCCUCACCGACUCCCCGCCUCGCUCCCCACCACCAAAUGACCCCGAGAGUCCCGGCCUCCCCCCAGAUGCGACGCUCUCCCAGCGACUAAAACACCUCAUCAAGGCCUACGGGUGGUACGCCCUCGGCAUGUACAUCGUCGUCGGCGCCCUCGACUUCGCAGUCGCCUUCGCCGGCAUCAACAUCAUUGGCGCGGAACACGUCUCCAGAGUCACCUCCGCCGUCAAGGACUACGUCGCUGGGCUCAUCAACUCGAGACCGCCAGAACCCGGCAGGGAGGAGAUGGAGAGCAUGUCGUCCCAUGCGCACGGGGGCGGCCAGGAGGGCCUCUAUGCCAUGCUUGUCCUCGCCUACACGGUGCACAAAACGCUCUUCCUCCCGGUGCGCGUUGGCCUUACCGCCACGUUGACACCCAAACUUGUCCAUUGGCUGCGGACUAGAGGCUGGGCAGGCGGCGAGGGUACGAAGCGCGCCGCGCGCGAGAUGCGAGAAAGAAUGAGGAGAGACAAAGAUUAGAUUCGAUCGAACUGCUUGCGGUGUGCGUGCAUGAUAUCUUGUCCUUGUUAUUGACUUACCCGCUGUAUAAUGCUCACCUCUACUUAACCUGCGCAAUAGACUAUGUUCCCUCGCAUGAAGUGAGCAUCAGGGCACGGCGAGGGCCCCUCUGCCCUUGGGACCCCAGAACGAACUUGUCAAUGUGUUCGGAUCCAUACCUUCAUGUAUCAUUUCACGUAAUCCGCCUUGUGCGUUCAUCUUUGGCGCGUGAUAU